AUGGCAGAGGCAGUUCUUUCUUCACUCCUUCAAGUGAUAUUUGAGAAACUGUCUUCUCAAAUCUUUGAUGAAUAUGGUUUCUUGCAAGGAACAAAGAAGGAGAUGAGAAAGCUUCACAGUGUACUGUCAUCAAUUCAUUCUGUCCUUGAAGAUGCCGAAGAUCGAAAUAUACUGGAGAAAGCAGUGAAAGAUUGGCUGAUAAAGCUCAAAGAUGUGGCAUAUGAUGCAGAUGACUUGUUGGACGAGUACAUGACAGAAGCUCUACAACACAAAAUGGAGUUCCAUGAUCCGCAGGGCUGCAUCAUAAAAAUAAUGAAAGGUUUAAACUUCAUUUGA